UCGCUACGGGCGCUCGACCCGGCGGCGACUCGCACGCUGCCUCACGACCCGUAAAUAACCAACAACUCUCUAAACAACCGGAUAUAUAUAACCACUACCAGUGCUAUUUGUCUAUCGAACGCCGAAGCUCUCGUCGCGCGCCGUACCCACGUCCCUUCCCAUUGCUCAAUUUAGUCUUCCGCGCAUCAUGGCUUGGGGUUACUGGUCCGCCUCUUCCGUGCUGCCCGACAGAGGGCGAAGCCCCCGUCGAGCGGGCACCUCCGUGGUCCACUCCCAUCCGAACCCACCCACCGCGAGGGAGGUGAUGGAAACACACGACGAGAGCAUCAUACACACUGCCUCGACGUCGCGAGACAGUCGCGAUCACUCCGCGUCCCCACACUCCUCGUCCAACGGCGGACAUUCCCAUCACCACGAAGUGAGACACGCGGUGCCAGCCAGCGCGCUGUUCGGGGAGAGCUACGGAGAACUUUCUAGAAGGCCGUCUCUAGACCUCGGCUCGGUGCGGAGCGCGCUGGCGUCAUGUUCGGGCGGUGGGACGCUCAGUGCGGGCUCGACCUUGACGCGGGGCGGUACGCUGGCUGACUACCUCCCCCCCACGCCGUGUCCCCAUCACCACCGCGUGUACGUGGAUCACCACAAGCACUACGAGCAACCGAUACAGCCGGUGCACGUGGGUGUGCCGCACCACUCGCACUCGCACUCACAUUCGCACGCGUCCAGCAGACACCACACGGACGAUGAGGAUGAUUUGGAACCGGCGUAUGCUACAGUGUUCCCCAAUGUGCCCGCCGCGCCGGGGAUGCCCUGUGCUGGAGAAGACAGAAGCAUAUACAGAAGGGGAGCGCGCCGGUGGCGGAAACUCUACCGCGUUAAUGGACACAUCUUCCAGGCGAAGCGAUUUAAUAGACGAGCGUUCUGCGCCUUCUGCCAGGAUCGCAUAUGGGGGCUCGGACGGCAAGGCUUCAAGUGCAUCCAGUGCAAGCUGCUGGUGCACAAGAAGUGUCACAAGCUGGUGCAGAAGCCCUGCUCCAAUGAACACGUGGACCCCAUCGAGGUCAAGGAUGACGCGAACGGCGAAAGCACCCUCGGACGUGCAGCGUCUGUCAGAUCGCGUGCGGAACCGGAGCCGCCGCUGCCGGAGACCCCGCCCGCGCCGGUGGCGGCGCCCGUGCGGAACGAGGACUUGGAGCCCGGUUCGCAGCGACAGUACUCGCUGGAGGACUUCGAGCUCAUCAGGGUUAUCGGCCGAGGGUCGUACGCCAAGGUGCUGAUGGUGGAACUGAAGCGGACGAAGCGCGUGUACGCGAUGAAGGUGAUCAAGAAGGCGCUGGUGACGGACGACGAGGACAUCGAUUGGGUGCAGACGGAGAAGCACGUGUUCGAGACCGCCUCCAACCACCCCUUCCUCGUGGGCCUGCACUCCUGCUUCCAGACGCCCAGUCGCCUCUUCUUCGUCAUCGAGUUUGUGAGGGGGGGCGAUUUGAUGUUCCACAUGCAGCGGCAGCGGCGGCUGCCCGAGGAGCACGCGCGCUUCUACGCGGCGGAGAUCUCGCUCGCGCUGCACUUCCUGCACGAGCGCGGCGUCAUCUACCGCGACCUCAAGCUGGACAACGUGCUGCUCGACCACGAGGGGCACAUCAAGCUCACCGACUACGGCAUGUGCAAGGAGGGCGUGCGGCCGGGCGACACCACGUCCACGUUCUGCGGCACGCCCAACUACAUCGCGCCGGAGAUCCUGCGCGGCGAGGAGUACGGCUUCUCGGUGGACUGGUGGGCGCUGGGCGUGCUCACCUACGAGAUGCUGGCCGGCCGCUCGCCCUUCGACAUCUCGCACGCCGCAGACAACCCCGACCAGAACACGGAGGACUACUUGUUCCAGGUGAUCCUGGAGAAGACGAUCCGCAUCCCGCGCUCGCUGUCGGUGAAGGCGGCGUCCGUGCUGAAGGGCUUCCUCAACAAGAGCCCGCCCGAGCGGCUCGGCUGCGGCGACGGCGGCUUCCUCGACAUCGUCAACCAUCCCUUCUUCAAGAGCAUCGAGUGGGAGAUGUUGGAGCAGAAGCAAGUGGUGCCGCCGUUCAAGCCGCGGCUGGAGGGCGAGCGCGACCUCGCCAACUUCCCGCCCGAGUUCACCGACGAGCCCGUGCACCUCACGCCCGACAAUGACACGGAGAUAGCGGACAUCGACCAGAGCGAGUUCGAGGGCUUCGAGUACGUGAACCCGCUAGGCACUACCUUUGCGAAUGCGUACGGGUACGGAGCGGAGUCGUCGUCGUCCGACUACGACUCGGUGUGCUCGGAGCGGCCCGCGCGCAAGCCCACGCUGCUGCAGCACAUGUUCUGCUUGCCGCUCAACUGA